CUCGCAGCCCAUUCGCAGCCCAUUCGCAGCCCACAACUCCUUUAGUCCGCUUCAGACUUCAUCGAGUGCAACAAGGAUUUGCCGAUUAGGAGGAAACCCCUAGCCACACCGCUCAUCUUCUACUAUGCUCUUCCAUUCACUCUGUCAAAGAUUUCACGGAUUCAUCAAAGGAGUCAAGGAGAGGUCAUAGACAACGAACCUCCUAGCAAAACUUGGCUGAGUUUUGACUCUUAAAAUACGGAGUAUUAUGUUUGCCCAGCCCAACCGCUUACGGCCCAAGAAUAGGUAAAGGUCGAGUAAUAAUUGACUCAUAAGACCAUGUCUUCAGCCGAACAAAGUAGGAGCCAUCGAUCGACAAAGGCGAAGUGGUGACGAACACCAACUCUCAAUUCGCCGACUCCAUGCCGCCUGCUCCGGACUUCUCGGGUCCAAUUGGUCCUUCUCGCCGUCGCGAUUCACCCACCUUCCACCGCCGACCGCACUCUGCCCAGCUUCCCCUGCGUCCUUCCGCCGCACUACUCAGCCAGAAGGAAGAGAGGCCACUGAAGUAAGGGGAGCAACAAUAUGCUGAAAUUUCUAUCGAAGGUGAAGAUCGAAUUCAAUGCGAUCGAUUCGCGCACGGCGUCAUGUAUGGAAUUCCUAGCCCAAUGCAACGCCCCAAAGUCAAAGGAGUCCAACCCCGCCUGUCAAAUUCAGGUGAAGCGCCGCACCGACGACUUCCCUCCCCAGAUCACCGUCACAUUCGCCAAUGGCGCCGAGCAGACCUAUGAUGCCACCACCACCCCCGCCCAAACCAUCCGCAACAUGAUUCUCGAGAAGGGUCAGUAUCUCGAGACUGAGCAGAUGUUCCGUGAAGCUGGUGAGAAGUGGCCCGUUGUCAUCCCAGCUGAAGAGCUCAACGAACCAUUUACUGGAAUUAAGCCACGGAAAGCAGAAGAGAAAAAACAGUGACAGCCAUUGGAGUUGUUCUUUGAUUAGUUUUCAUCCGGAUAACCCCUCACAGCGGAGAAGAUGAUCCAGCAAAGAGGUGUGUGUGUUUUGGCAUGAUAAGUUAGGCAGAGUGUGUUAUCCCGAUCUGUUGAGGACAAUGCAUACAUUUCAACUUUGCCUGUUUCUGGUUUUUUCAUUUUCAAACUAAAACAGUUUAUGCCACACUGUUAAUGAAAUGGUUUCUAUUUAAAAAUCCUCUUUGCUUUUAUUUCUAACUUUCUGUUA